AUGUUUGAGUUGAGGCGCAUCAAUGUUGGCUUUGACUUCGACGUCUCCAUGAGGGGUAUCCAUCAGGCCGGCGGAGGAGUGUCGGGGAAAACGCAGACAGUCAGGACCGUCAACGGGGCGGUCCUGGCUCACUUGCGACAAGUCUACGCAUCUCAUGCCGGUAGUGCCACCGAGUGGAGUCCCGAAAAGAAGGCGGCUUUUCUGAAGGAUAUUCAGCAUGACACCGAAGCUGAGAGCGCUCCCGAGCUGGCCAGCGGCAAGGCCUGGGACUUCAACGAGUUCCUCCGGUACAUGACUUCGUCUAUCACGAACGCGGUUGCGCCCCCCCAUGAGGAAGACCUCUCCUGGCCGCUGUCGAGCUACUUUAUCAGCUCGAGCCACAACACCUACCUCACGGGCAACCAGUUGUCGAGUGACUCGAGCGCCGACGCCUACAAAAACGUCCUCCUGCGCGGCUGCCGGUGCAUCGAGAUCGAUGUGUGGGACGGUGACGACUCCGAUGAUGACGGCGAGACUAGUAGUAGUAGUAGUAGUAGCAGCAGUGACGACGAAGAGACCAAGGAGAAGCGAAAGUCGCGCUUCAGCAAAGUGACGGGCAAGCUGCCCAAAUCGCUGACCAGCCGGUUCGAGAAGACAAGCCUGGAAAAACCAGGAAACACUGCAGCCCCCACGGUGGUGCCGACUGAGGCACCAAGCACGACUCCACCGGCGAACCCGCUGCAAAAGGUCUCGAGCGGGAAGGAGCCGAGGGUCCUUCACGGAUACACGCUGACCAAGGAGGUGUCGUUCCGCGAGGUGUGCGUCGCCAUCAGGGACUACGCCUUCGCUGUGACCGACACGCCCUUGAUCGCCAGCCUGGAGGUGCACUGCAGCCACGAACAGCAAGAGACCAUGGUGGCCAUCAUGCGCGAGACGUGGGGCGACUUCCUCCUACCGGAACCCAAGGAGGACGCCAAGCACCUGCCCUCCCCUGCCGAGCUGCGCGGCAAGAUCCUCGUCAAGGUCAAGUAUGUCCCGCCCGAUGCUGAAGAGGAGGAGGAGGAGGCGCUCCCGGGCGACAACCAGACGGCCAAGGCCAAGAAACCGUCCAAGAUCAUCCAGGCGCUGAGCAAGCUGGGCAUCUACACGCGCGGCGUCUCGUUCAAGAGUCUGACGCAGCCCGAGGCAACGAUGCCGACGCACAUCUUCUCGCUCUCGGAGAACGGCGUCAUGGAGGUACACGAGAAGAGCGCGCGCGAGCUGUUCGAGCACAACCGCCGCUACCUGAUGCGCGCCUACCCAUCCGGCCUGCGCAUCCGAUCGUCCAACCUCGACCCGGCCGUCUUCUGGCGGAAGGGCAUCCAGAUCGUCGCGCUGAACUGGCAGAACUGGGACGAGGGCAUGAUGCUGAACGAGGGCAUGUUUGCCGGCACCAGCGGAUACGUCCUGAAGCCCGAAGGAUACCGGAUCGACAAGCCACUUCCGGCCCCGUCCACUCCGGAAAACCCUCAGGCCACCGCUGUGAAGCACUACACGCUGGACCUAACCGUCCAGGUUCUCGCCGCGCAAUCCCUGCCCCUGCCGCCCGGCGACGACAACCCGUCCUCCUUCCGCCCCUACGUCAAGGUCGAGCUCCACGUCGAAGAACCCGGGGAGCGGCUGGACAAGGACGCCCUGCCGGAGGACGGGAGGGAGAAGGAGGGCGAGUACAAGGCCAAGACCAAGUCCAGGAAGGGGUGCGACCCGGACUUUGACGGGCAGGAGCUCCGGUUCGAGGGCGUCCCCGGCGUCGUGCCGGAGCUGUCGUUCGUCCGGUUCCUGGUGAGGGACGACGAGGUCGGGAGGGACUCGCUCGCGGCGUGGGCGUGCGUGCGGGUGGACCGGCUGAGGGAAGGCUUCAGGUUCGUGCAUCUCGUCGACGCCGAAGGGGUCGAGACGGAGGGGGCGAUCCUGGUCAAGGUCGGGCUGAAGUUGAGAUGAAGUGAGAAGAGAGGAAAGUGAAGGGAAGAUAUAAGAUAGGGGGGCAGAGUCAUGAGUUGAAAUUGUUGGCGGCGGUUGGCGGCGGUGGACGUUGACUCUGCUACCGUGAGAAUCACGGUACAAUACAAUUGAUCGGUUUAUUACCGGCAUUGUAUGUGAUAACAUAGGUCACAGCAGGCAUAUAUCGAUCGCCAUUGCAUAGCGAGUUUUGUCUUCCGAG